AUGGAGGCUGAGGCCAGAGAGCGGGAGUUUGAGCGCGCGCUUGAGGCGCGCGCUUUUCGGAAGAAGCCUGAAAAGGCGGAUAAGGCGGGGAAGGCCGUUUUCGAGUUCGGCUCGGAUUUGUCGGCCUCUGAGAGCCGGGAGGAAGGCAUCUCUGCUAGAGAUGUGCAGGGUCUGAGAUGUGCAGGGUCUGAGAGCGGAAGCAGGACGCAGCGUGACGGAGAUUCUCCAUGUUGCCAGGACCUCUGGCAACCUGAAGGGGGAAUAUGUCCGCCGUCUGAAGCUGGCUGC